ACGGUCGAUUAAAGUGUUAUCGGCAUUGGCGUCCAUCACUAACAAGUUGCCAUUCACUGUGUUUUCAUUUGAAAAUUUGAUUUGAAGAAUUGAAAAGAACAAUUAGUAUAGAAUCAACAUCAUGAAAGUGACUCCGAAGAAAUCUCGGGCUACAGCUGUAGAGGGAACACUGCGCCCGCGGGAAUCCCGCAAAGAGAUUGCAAAGGAUGAAUCCGAAGCACCACUCCCGAUGUUGCAAAUGGACGACGACAUGGAAUCCGAGUUGCCCAUACGUGGACGGCCCUCCAAAAAGCUGGUGCUGCUGCAAAAGCAACAACAACGGGCCCAAUCCAAUGCAAAACAGCAAUCCGAGGUGAAGUCCGAGUCCGCAGCAGAAGCAGAAAUCGAGGCUGAAACAGUAACAACACCUGCAACUGCAACUGGUUCAGGAAGAUCUAAAGCAAAACGCUCGCUUUACAAAAAGAGCGGCAAUCAUGCAGCCCAAAAGUCACAUAGCGAAACCUAUGUAAUGCGUUUGUUCGAACGCAGCCUAGAUUUGUCCAAGUAUAAAGAUAAAACACCGCUCUAUCCUAUUUGCCGUGCGUGGAUGGCCAACCAGCCACGCAAUCCAAGCGUAUCGGUCUACAAUACAGACGGCACAGUACCCAUUGUAAAACGUGAAGACGAUGCCGAGGAAGUGCUCAGCAAAUUGCUUAGCGGCGAAUUGAAAGUUGUGAAGCAAAUGCCACAGGCGCGCAAAACUGAGAUGUCGCUCAUUCCACCCCGCCUACCGAACACCCAGGAUGAGAGGCUGAAUGGUGCCAGCAAAGAGGAGCUGCUGGCGGAGAAUGUGAGCCAUUGGAAGCGGGUGCGCAGUCACUGGUUGAAGCAUGCGCAGAAAUAUGAGCGCGAACGCUACGAGAUAAUUGACCAGAUAAUGGAUGCUGUGUGCAAGCGUGAAUGAAAAUGAAAAUACGAUUUUAAUAAAUUUCACUUGAAUAAAUCUUUAUUUGUAAUUGCGUUUGCCUUUUUCAAUAAUCUGUGUGCUUGGUAAUUAAGUCUAAUUUCAUCUUUCAUUCAUUUUUUUCUUUUGAAUAUAAUUAAAAUGCUGUUGGAUUGUUCUUGUUUGGUUCUGUUGCCACUGCCGGAGCGCGCGCCAGGUUGUUGAAGAUGUGCAUGAGUGUGUGUGUAUAACAGUGCUU